AUGCCACAGAGCGAGAAGAAGACGAAUGGCGAGAGCCAAGUCACGGCCGUCGAUUCAGAAACGGCAGAUCAAAAACAGUCAAAUAUCUUCAAGGACUUCUUCAUCUUCUUCCGACUUCUAUUCGCCGCCCAGCCCACAUGGAUUGAUUACUUUCUCAUCGUCUUCGGCACACUCUGCGCUGCGGGAGCCGGAGUGCCCUUCCCCCUCAUGGGAGUCCUGUUCGGUCAGCUCGUUGACGAUUUCAACGGCGCCACUUGCGCUGCCGAUGAGAACACCGCACAAGAAGGAGGCGAUGCGUUCCAGUUCGAGUCGGCCAUCAACUCCAAGGUCAUCAAGACCGCCUGGAUCGGCGCCAUCGCCUUCGCCCUCAUCUACUUCUACCUCACGGCCUGGGGGAUCAUCAGCCAGCGCCUCGCCCAGCGCCUGCGCAACCAGUACCUCGCAGCCCUCCUGCGCCAGCCUCCCGCCUUCUUCGACACGCGGGGCGCGGCCGGUGUGGUUUCGAGCAGGCUCCAGGGCGACAUCACGGCCGUGCAGGCGGGCACAUCCGAGAAGGUCGGCACCAUCCUGACUACGUUCAGCUUCAUCAUCACCGUGUUUGUCAUUGCCUUUUCGCAGCAGCCAAGACUUGCCGGUAUCUUAAUCUCCAUGCUCCCGGUGUUUCUCAUCUCGGCCGUUCUUGGUGGCAGAUACCUUUCGAAAUACGUGGGGAAGCAGAACGAAGCCUCCUCCGCGGCCUCCUCGAUCGCCUCCGAGGCAUUGGAGCACAUCUCCGUCGUCCAGGCGUUCAGCGCGGCACCACGUCUCGAGUCUGUCUUUGGGCGGCACAUGGCUCAAUCCCGCAAGCACGCGAUGGUCAAGGCGGCCGUCGCGGCUGUCCAGACUGGGAUGCUCUACUUUGUCGCAUACUCGGCGAAUGCAUUGGCCUUCUGGCAGGGUAGUAUCCGAAUCGCUGAUUCCUUGACUGACGAGAACGGGAACUCGACAAUUGGGCAAAUCUACGCCAUUGUAUAUCUUCUCAUUGAUGCUUGUGUCAUGCUCGGUGGCAUGGCCCCUUUGCUCCCCUUCCUGAGCGGCGCCGUCGCGGCAUACCGACGGUUGCUGGAAGACAUCGAGACGCCCUCAAACAUCGAUGCCACCUCGAGCGAGGGCAAAAGGCUUUCCCCUGGCGGCUCCAAGAACAUCAGGUUUGACAAUGUGUCGUUUGAGUAUCCGUCCAGACCUGGCCAGCAAGUCCUGAAAAACCUCAAUCUUGACUUCCCUGCUGGCAAAUACACCGCCAUCGUCGGUCUGUCGGGUAGUGGCAAGUCAACAAUCGCGUCUCUGGUCGCUCGUCUGCACGAUCCGACCUCUGGGUCGAUCAAGAUUGGCGACGAUGACCUCCAGAGUCUCAACGUCAAAUCUCUGCGGAGCUACAUGACUUUUGUCCAGCAGGAACCCACCCUCUUCGACUGCUCCGUCCUAGAGAACAUCGCCUUCGGUCUGGUCAACUCCCCUCACCAGCAGCACCAGCACCUCAAGCCGUUCCUCGGCGGGCCUGAACUCGCCCGUCUAGCCGCCAAAGGUCACGACGCCCUGACGGCAGCCGAGUCAGAGGGCGCUGAUGUCGCCGGGGUCGCUCGUCUCGUCCGUCAGGCGGCCGAGCAGGCGGACGCCGACGGGUUCAUUGGCAGACUGACAUCCGGUUACGGGACCUCUGUCGGCACGCGGGGUACGCUGCUGAGCGGUGGCCAGCGCCAACGUGUCGCUCUUGCGCAGGCUCUGAUCCGAGAGCCGGAGAUUCUGAUCCUCGACGAAGCGACGGCGUCGGUUGACUCGGCCAGCGAGCAGAGAGUCCAGCAGGCUGUGGAGAAGGCCUCGUUGGGCAAGCGGACAAUCAUCUCCAUUGCCCACCGGCUAUCGACGAUUCGCAAUGCGGACAAUAUUAUCGUUCUAGAGGCCGGUGAGAUUGUUGAGCAAGGGACUUAUUCGGAGCUCAUGGCCAAGGAGGACGGCAAGUUUGCUCACAUGGCAAAGUUGCAGCGAGUGGACAGCAAGUCUCAACCGGAAUUGGAGUCCAUCUCUAGCAGCUCUCUCGAUCAUACACAUGCUGAGAAAGCUGAUGAGAUCGCGGUCAAAGAGGAUACUAUUCGCAGUUCCGAUGAGAGAGGCGAAAAGACUGACGGCAAAGAAAAGGAAGACGACAAAGAGACACCCGAAGAGGACACCGUCCAGCCAUUCAGCGGCACCAUCAAAGGCAUCGCAUGGCUCAUUCGCCCGUCUCUGGGCUGGUUCGUAAUUGCUCUUAUUGCGGCCGCCUUUGUCGGUGCAACGUUCUCUGGCUCUGGUAUCAUAUUUGGGUUCACCGUCGGAGCUCUGAACACAUGCGGCAACACUGCCAGCAACAUCAUGUCCAUGGGUCGAUUCUUUGCCGGGCUCAUCUUCAUGCUUGGAGGAGUCGAGCUUAUUGCCAACUUCCUCGCAUGGUGGGGGUUCGGAGUUAUUGGAGAGCGCAUCCUCUACUCUCUCCGUAUUCUCUCAUUCCGAUCAUUGCUCGAGCAAGGCCUGGAGUGGCACCAGUCUGAGGGCCGAACACCAUCCGGGCUUCUGUCCAUCAUCACGAAAGACUGCAUGUCGGUCGGCGCGUUCAGCGGAUCGACAUUCGGCACCGUCUUUGCAAUCUGCAUCAACGUGGUAAUCGCCAUCAUCAUCAGUAACAUCUUCGCCUGGAAGAUCGCCCUCGUGUGUCUCGUUAUGAUUCCCAUCCAGUUGGGGGCAGGGUUCAUGCAGCUUCGUAUGCUGGCGCGGUUCGAAGAGCGUCAUCAGCAAGCCUUCACCAAGGCCACAUCUCUGGCACAGGAAGCCAUCCAAUCCAUCAGAAGCGUCGCCGUACUCUCUCUGGAGAAGACCUACAUGGACACCUACCACCGCUUGCUGGAAGCCCCGAGGCGGCAGGUUGCCCAAUCAGCUGCGACGACAAAUAUUCUCCUGGCUAUUUCUCACACGAUCGGAACCUUCAUCAACGCGUUGGCCUACUGGUGGGGCUCACAGCUCAUCAUGAAAGGAGAAUAUACGCAGAAAGACCUGUUGAUUAUUCUCGUAGCAAUGCUCACGAGUGCUCAGCUCUGGGGGACCAUGUUUACUUUGGCUCCCGAGUUCUCUCGCGCUCGUCUUGCCGUUUCCCGGGUCAUGAAGAUUAUCGACUUGGGGUCCAGUCUUCAUGCCGGCAAGCCGUCAAAUCCCGACGUCGAGAAUGGUUCACCAGAGAAGAAGAGUUCCUCACCGCCCCCGUCACCCAAGGGCGGCGCAAAAGUGUCGUUCAAGAACGUUGCAUUCUCCUACCCAACACGCCCACAUGCUCCCAUCCUGAACGACGUCACCUUUGAUAUCGCCCCCAACCAAUUCUGUGGCCUCGUCGGGCCCUCCGGUGCCGGCAAGUCCACCAUCAUGAGUCUCGUCCAGCGACUCUACAAGCCUACGGGGGGGGCCGUGAUGAUUGACGACAGAAACAUUGCCGAGAUGUCGGAGUCCUUUAGGGAUGGCAUUGCUCUGGUGCCACAAUCGCCUUCCCUAUUCGACGGAACUGUCAAGUACAACGUUGGAUUGGGCGCCGUGCCAGGUCAUGAAGCCACAGAUGCUGAGAUCGAGGAAGCCUGCCGCCUAGCUAAUAUCCACGAAGAGAUCAUCGCUCUGCCUGAUGGCUAUGAUACGGAGUGCGGCGAGUCGGCCUCUCGAUUAUCUGGUGGACAGAGGCAGCGUCUUGCCAUCGCUCGUGCCUUAGUUCGCCGACCCCGUUUACUACUCUUGGAUGAGAGCACGAGUGCGUUGGAUGCGAAUGGAGAGGCGGCACUUCAAGAGGGGCUUGAGAGGGCAUCAAGAGGGACUACUGUGCUGGCUAUCACACAUCGCUUGCAUACGGUGCAAAAGGCUGAUAUCAUUUUCAUGGUUGAGAAUGGGCAGAUUGUAGACAGUGGGAAGCACUCUGAACUCAUGGAACGGAAUGAAGGAUACAGACUUAACGCGAUGCAGCAAAUGCUGCAGUGA